GCAGCGAGGCUGCUGCCUCUGAGAGUGGAAGCGCUUCCCCUUUCUUGCGGGCUGGGCAGACGCAGCGCUUCCGUUUUCCCCAGCAGCCCCACUGGAGUCCAGUCUCCCCAGGCAAGCAGGGGCUACCCAGUCAAUCACGUCCCCCAGCGUUGGGCGUGGGGAAAGCCAGGUCCCAGGCAUGCAAAGCUGAGGCUGUUCCAAACAUGGGGCUUUAGGCUGGCCAGCAGCCUCUCAUGACAAGGGUCGUCCCUUAUCUCUGCAUCUCUGUACAGCAAGAUCAGGAGUCGCCGUGUGCUGCAAAAAGCAGCAAGAAAUGCCCUGUAAAUGCAGUAGGAACAUUUGAUUGAAAGGAAGAACUUCAUUGUUUAGAAAUUAACCUAUUCAUAUGACUUAUUCUGAAUUCAGUACACUCCCUUUGAUACAUCACAUCUGUUUGUAGUGGGAAUAUUUUUGAGGUUACAAACUGAGAAAGAAGGAGCAGCAGAUUAAUUUUUAAGUAACAAAGUUCCUAUCUUCAUGAACAACAAGUAGAGACGGAAAAAAAGAAAACAGAACGUAUUAGAUCAGAGCUGAAUUGUUUCAAAACAGAAUAUUUUUCGGUUUUCCAUUAGGAGUCAGUGACUACAUUUUAUUCAAUAGUUUCAGUAUGUUUCUGUUACAUAUACAAUAGAACCUCGCCGACACGAACACCAGAGUUACCAACUAACUGGUCAACUGGUCCACACACCUCAUUUGGAUCCGGAAUUACGCAAGCAGGCAGCACCAGAGGGGGUAAAAAAGCAAAUACUGUGUGACUAAGCAAAAUGGCAAGCAGUAGGAAGCGCAAACGUGUCACUCUUUCAAUUGACACAAAACUAGAAAUAUUAAAAAAACUCGACAGUGGUGUUAGCCUCAGCAACAUAGCAGUAGAAUAUGGUAUCGGGAAGUCAACCAUCACCGAUAUUCGGAAAAGCCAGGAAAAAAUAAAGCAAUUUGCAAAAGAAGCCAAAGACAAUGGGACAGUAAAAAGCAGGUGUAUUGUACGCAAGGCUGCUGAUGAUGCUUUUGAUAAGGCAAUGCAUCUGUGGUUUGCACAAGAGAGAUCAAAAGGCACUCCUAUAAGUGGUGUCAUGGUUACAGAGAAGGCAAAGGUACUCUACCGAGAAAUGUAUCCAGACAAAGGUGAGAACCAUUUUAAAGCAAGCACAGGGUGGCUUUGUCGGUUCAAGAAUCGGCAUGGAAUACGUCAGCUAAGGAUGCAAGAAGAGUUUCUAACAAGUGACUGGAAUGCUGCUGGUGUAUUUAAAAACAUUUUCAAAUCAUUUAUUGAACAGCACGAACUUACCCGGGACCAAGUGUUUAACUGCGACGAGACGGGCUUGUAUUGGCGCCUACUUCCAAACAAGACUCUGGCAGACAAUUCAGAAAAACAGGGGAAGAAUUUCAAAUCCAGUAAAGAUCGGGUCACGCUGAUGGCUACUGCUAACGCAAGCGGGGAUUUCCGUCUCCCAUUGAUGUUCAUUCAUAAAAAGGCGAAACCUCCUUGCUUUGCAAACGUCACUAUGUCAGCUCUACCUGUCCAUUACUACAACCAGCGCUGUGCUUGGAUGGAUAAAGGCAUUUUCUCUGACUGGUUUUUUAAACACUUUGUUCCACUUGUGAAAGACUACCUUACCUCAAAAUCGUUACCUAUCCGAGCUGUGCUACUGAUGGACAAUGCUCCAUCUCAUCCUGCCAUUGAAAAUCUACUGACGGAAGAUGGAAGCAUUCGUUGUUUGUUUUUGCCACGAAACGUCACCAGCCUCAUUCAGCCAAUGGACCGAAGCAUUCUGGAAAACAUGAAAUGUCGAUACAAGCGAAACCUCUUACAGCGAUUAUUACUGGGAUCAAUGCAGUUUGAAUCUUACACAGAUUUUUGUAAACAGCUGACAAUCAAAGAUGCUGUCUACAUGUGUGCCGAAUCCUGGAGUGAGAUUAGCUCUGAGUCUUUGAGACGCUCAUGGAAUACGCUUUGGCGGUGUAUUGAUAACACUGAACCAGAUAAUUUGGAAAACAAUGAGCAGAUGGAAAUAAAUCAACUAGAUUUUUCUGAAGAGCGACAGCUUUUGGAUAUCACCAUGGAGGAACAGGAGGAAUGGCUAAACGCAGAUAAACAUGAGAAUGGACACCCUAUUCUUAGUGACCAUGAGAUAAUUGAAUUGGUACGAGAAACAGCACAACCGGACAGUGACAGUGACAAGGAGGGGGAGAACGCCAAGAAGAUCCCACACAUGCAAGCAGAAGAGUGCUUCACUGCCUGUCUUCAGUGGCUUGAACAACAGCCUGAAGCCACACCAAUUAACCUAAUGAUGCUUCACAAGCUACGCACCUUGGCAGCAAAAAAGCUUGUUAGCAACCUCAAGCAAAGUACGAUUAAAGAUUUUUUCAAGUCUACAUAGUUUAUGCUGUAAAGUUAAGCAGGAAAGUUAAGUUUGGAUACUUUUUUUAAAUUGUCAUUAUAAAGACUAGUGUCGGUACGUUUUGCUGUACCAUUUUUUUUUAGUGCUGUUUGAAUGGACAUUGAAAUUGGUGGGCCUUUAUGUUGGCUUUUUUAUUUCAUGGAUAACUGACACUAAAAAAGAAGCAAGAGAAAUUACUUAAAAUUGAAAUAUAGUACCGUGUUAACCGUAAACUACUAACAAAAAAAAAAAAGAAAGUUUCGAAAAAAGAUUUGACAAGGUAAGGAAACUUUCUGUGCUUGUUUCAUUUAAAUUAUGAUGGUUAAAAGCAGGAUUUUUCUUCUGCACAGUAAAGUUUCAAAGCUGUAUUAAGUCAGUGUUCAGUUGUAAACUUCUGAAAGAACAGCCAUAACGUUUUUUUCGGAGUUACAAACAUUUCAGAGUUAGGAAGAACCUCCAUUCCGAAAGUGUUUGCAACUCUGAGGUUCUACUGUAUUGUACAUGAUGAGCGUCCUCUGGUGGCCAGAAUUGGCACUUAACUUCCCUGUUACAUAUCUGUUUGCCCAACAGUCACUUUGCAGAGCCUAUGGGGGUGUUAGCCUACCAGAUGCUUAGCAUUCUGUCCUGAUCCAGCAAAACACUUAGGCCUUGGCUACACUGGCCCUUUACAGCGCUGCAACUUUCUCGCUCGGGGGUGUGAAAAAACACCCCCCUGAGCGCAGCACGUUACAGCGCUGUAAAGCGCCAGUGUAAACAGUGCCCCAGCGCUGGGAGUGCGGCUCCCAGUGCUGUAAGCUAAUCUCUCUCCCAGCUCUCUCCCAGCACUGGCACCGCGACCACUCUCGCACUUCAAAGCGCUGCCAUGGGAGCGCUCCCGCAGCAGCGCUGUACAGAUGCAAGUGUAGCCAUACCCUUAAGCACAUCCUUAACUUUAAACAUAAGGGUAGGCCCAUUGACUUCAGUCUAGCGUGCGGGAUUGAACUCUUGCUGAACAAAAGAACUAACUACUCAUGGUAAUAAGCAUUAUGCUUGGUGUUACGUGUUUCCGGUUUCAGGCCUUAUGCAGGCUGACUUUGAUAUAGGAGGGACACCAUGGUUUUAAAGCAUGUUUUAUUAAAAUUCUUUCUCCUGAUUGUCAGUGGUUCCCACAUCUGUUGCAUCUUAGUUGCUUUUAUUUAUCUCUGGUUCCAGAAAUCUCUGUAAUUCUGCAUUAAUUGUGUUUUUCAAAUAGGACUUUGGCUGUCAGUGUGACAGAUAUGGCAAUUUCCUUAAAUAUCCUGGUCCAGCCUUAUUGAAUGAAGUUAAACCUUAUUGAAUUAACAUUCAGUAUCUUAGGAGUUCAUUAUAUUAAAAAUGCAAAUGUGUAUGUAUAAUUGUGCGAUUGUAUAGAACACCUCUAGGGAGGAAACAUGGCUAAACAUUUACCCUAGGAAAUGUUGUGAACUUCAAAGGACUCUUUGAAACAAUGUCCUAGACAAACAAAUUUAAGUGGGAUUCGUAGGAAAUAUUUGGGAAAAGGUGAAGGCAACUUCUCACCUCUGGACCCAACCUUUGACACUGUGCUUUGAGGAAAAAAGUAAAGCGGACCUGCGUAGGCGGUCUGAGUUUUCUGGGGAAUUCACAGUGUACACAGGGAGCUGCCCAGCCUGGAAAGUCAUAGAUUCCAAGCCCAAAAAGGGCCAUUGUGAUCAGCUAGUCCAGGGGUUCUCUCAACAAUUUUUUUGGUGACCUCAGAGCUCAGCCACCAACUCUUGCUGGUGUUUGCUCUAAUAAUUUUUCCUAAAAUACUUAAUUAACUUUAGAAAAAACAAAUAAAUUUGCACAUAUACACAUCCGAAUAAUUCUAAUUUAUUUAUAUAGGGGUUGGGUUUUUUGCAGACUUAAUAAUAAAAAUAAUGGGCAGGUGUGUCUAUUCUUUACCGGAGUAGAAACACAAAUAAGGUGUUUGCAUGUUCUUGUCUUUUUUGUUGUUGUUGUUUCUUUUGCUUUUGUGGUUGCUUUCUUUUUUUUUAGACUUGCUAGCUAGUAAGUCUGCUGCUGUGAAAAGUGAUACUUGUAUAUUACUACACCUCUACCUCAAUUCAACGCUGUCCUCGGGAUCCAAAAAAUCUUACCGUGUUAUAGGUGAAACUGCGUUAUAUCGAACUUGCUGUGAUCCACUGGAGUGUGCAGCCCUGCCCCUUCCGGAGCAUUGCUUUACCGCGUUAUAUCUGAAUUCCUGUUAUAUCGGGUCGCGUUAUAUCGAGGUAGAGGUGUAUCAUUUUUUUACAGUUUCCCAGCUAGCUUCUAAGUCUUGUUGCCAAUGAUUUUAGUUUAUUGUUCAUUUAUUGUGUGAUAUUAUGAUUAACUAACAUGUUAUGUCAUAUGUAAUCAUUGUAUGUUCAAUAGAGUUGCGUUGUAGGAUUAUAAAAGUACAAGAUUGAUCAGUAGUUAGGAGGGAUAAUUAUGUAUUAGAUAUCUAAGUAAGUAGGGCUGAAACGCAAGGCCUACAGGCUGAGGCCUGUAAGAUUUUAGCUUAGCCAUGCUAGGCUUAAGAAAUGCUUGACAUAAGUAAGUGACCAAAGAAUGACCCUAUGGCACAAGAUUACGGAAAAGAUGUACUAAUGGGUGAUAUGCCAAAAAAUUAACAACAACAGUAAUAGUUUGCUUACAAGAUACGUGUUAGUCACAUUUUUCUAACACAUGCCCUAACCACAAGGUUCACUAUGUGUGUAAAUGCUAAUGAUGUAUAGUCAGAAUCACACUUUAAAAAGAGAGUGCCCAGAUUAGGAAAAUUGAGCUCCCUAUGGGAAACUCCAGCAGGAACCAUCCCUAUACUGAUGAUCAAUUGGCAGGGCAACCAUCAGACCUUAAGAAUAUCAUUAAGGAUGUGAGGAUGGCUAUAUAUGUAACUUGUGCAUAGAAUUUCUUUAUGCUUAGUUAAUCAUAACUUUAACUGUAACUUUAAUAAAACUUGGAAAACCUUCUA